GACUUUUGAACUCUUGAUAAAAACAAGCCGAUCAGCUGAUGUAAAAGCAACAACAUCAACAGGGGUCUGACACCAAAUAGCUGAACUAGCUGAGUCUGUCACUAACAUUAUAGACCGGUGUGCAGACUGUGUACGUGUCCACGUUCAGACCGUGAUGAGGCGUUUCAGUCCACGAGUCAGUCGUCGUCCGGACUGGUAGCCACUGCUAGUUUGAGAUGAGUGGGCAAGGCCCUGCUGUAGACAAAGGAAUGAACACAGUCCUGGGCUGUCAGGAGAGCUACGCCUGCGGGGGUUCAGACGAGGCUGCGUUCGAAUGCGAUGAAUGCGGCAGCUUGCAGUGUGUCCGCUGUGAACUGGAGCUCCACCGUCAGGAGCGGAUGAGGAACCACGACCGGGUUCGGAUUGCACCGGGUCACGUUCCUUUCUGCGACUCGUGCAAAGGUGACAGCUCCGUCAACGGUGGACGCCUCAGGGCGGUGGUGCGCUGCCAGGGCUGCAAGAUCAACCUGUGUUUGGACUGUCAGAAACGCACCCAUAGUGGAGUCAACAAGAGGAAGCACCCUCUGACACCUUACCCUCCUGCUAAGGCUCCCCAGGACAACAGCGUGAGUGCCGGAGAGUCACAGAUAGAGAUGCUGAAGGCCGAGCUGGAGAGAGUGUGCAGCUUCCUGUUGGUGGACGACAGGGAGGAGAUGCAGGUGAAACAUGAGGACGACUUUGUGAGCAGACUGGACUGCAGGCCAGACGAGCUUCUCAAAGUGGUUUCCAUCUUUGGAAACACUGGGGAGGGCAAGUCCCACACUCUGAACUACACAUUUUUCCUUGGAAGAGAGGUGUUCAAGACCUCGCCCACGCAAGAGUCCUGCACAGUGGGUGUGUGGGCAGCUAUGGACCCUGUGCAUCGAGUGGUAGUCAUCGACACAGAGGGACUGCUUGGAGCUGGGGCCAAUCAGGGUCAGCGAACACGGCUGCUUCUCAAAGUCUUAGCCAUAUCUGACGUGGUAAUCUACCGAACCCAUGCAGACCGUCUCCAUGAUGAUCUCUUUAAGUUUCUUGGCGAUGCAUCGGAUGCAUACCUGAAACAUUUCACCAAGGAGCUGAAGGCGACCACCACCCGCUGUGGUCUGGAUGUCCCAUUGUCCACUCUGGGCCCUGCAGUUAUCAUUUUCCAUGAGACGGUCCACACCAAGCUGCUAGGAUCAGACAAACCGACUGAAUCAGCAGAGCGUCUUCUCCAGGAGCGUUUCAGAAAGCUGGGACUUUUCCCAGAAGCAUUCAGCUCCAUCCAGUACCGUGGAACUCGGACCUACAACCCGCCCACUGACUUCAGCGGUUUGCUGCGCACCCUGGAGCAACAGCUUGAUAACAACACCACCCGCUCUCCACGUUCUGCGAGCGUCAUUUACAAGGCUCUGCAGGCCCUGAGUGAGAGCUUCAGUGGGGAGAUUCCUGAUGAGCACAUGGCCAGUAACUCCUUCUUUCCUGACGAGUACUUUACCUGUUCUAGUCUCUGCCUCAGCUGCGGUUCUGGUUGCAAGAGAAGCAUGAAUCACCUGAAGGAAGGACUCGAGCAUGAAGCCAAGCAUCGCUGCCGCUACUCCGCUCAGUAUGACAACCGUAUCUACACCUGCAAGGCCUGCUACGAAGGAGGAAAGGAGGUUAUAGUUGUUCCAAAGACGACAGCCUCAUCUGACUCACCGUGGUUUGGCCUAGCCAUUUACGCCUGGUCUGGAUACGUAAUCGAGUGCCCCAACUGCGCAGUGAUCUACAGAAGCAGACAGUACUGGUAUGGAAACCAGGACCCAGUGGAAACUGUGGUCCGAACAGAGAUCCAGCACAUCUGGCCUGGGUCUGAUGGUUUUCUAAAAGACAACAACAAUGCUGCUCAGAGGUUGCUGGAUGGAGUCAAAUACAUUUCUCAGUCAGUGUCUGAACUCAGUGUCAAACCUGCCAAAGCAGUCACCUCCUGGCUUACCGACCAGAUUGCGCCCACGUACUGGAAACCCAACUCUCUUAUUAUGAAAUGCCACAAAUGUGCGGAGGAGUUCCAGCCUAAUGACACCAAGCACCACUGCCGAGCCUGUGGAGAGGGGUUCUGUGAUACAUGCUCCUCAAAAACCCGACCCGUCCCUGAGAGGGGGUGGGGUCUCGCGCCUGUCCGAGUCUGCGAUGCCUGUUUCCACAACCGAGGAAUCCCAACUGAGCUGCUGGAUGCUGCCUUGGAAGAAGAAGGAGGAACCCUGAUAGCCAGGAAGGUCGGGGAGGCCGUUCAGAAUACUUUAGGAGCUGUAGUGGGUGCUAUUGACAUACCUCUUGGCCUGAUGAAGGACGCGGCUCGCCCAGCCUACUGGGUCCCAGACCAGGACAUCCACUCCUGCAGCGAGUGCCAGAGGGAGUUCUCCCCUCGCCUCUCAAUCCAUCACUGCCGUGCCUGUGGGCAGGGCGUGUGUGACGAUUGCUCUCAGGAGCGCCGUGCCGUUCCCUCCCGGGGCUGGGACCACCCGGUGAGGGUCUGCAAUGGCUGCAACCAGAAACCUGGGGAACUCUAGCAGGAGGAAGAGGGGGAAACAAUCAAGGACACCGGCCUCUAAAACUGGAAUGGACGCUUUUUUUUUUCUCGCCACUGGACCGCCUGUGGCAGUCCUUUGUUGCUAUUUCACUUUAUUUUGCCUAUAUUUUACACUGUGAACCAUACCAGUCAGACCGAGACUUGAAUAUCAAGGCGCUAUGUUGAUAAAAUACCGUUACAAUGUUUUAUAAAAGUCAGGCUAAUUUCUAUGUACCUAUAUGAUCCUUUGAAAUGUGUAGCCAUUCACAUGAAGCCCUGACCCCUUUGACAAUCCCUCCUAGUGUAACUUACUCAUACUAAUAGCACCUAUUUUCAGUCCCGUGUGGCUUGUGUAAAUCAUGAAUUAUCAGAAGUACUGACUGAGCAUCUUAAACUGACUCCAGGUUUGCACUUUUACUCUCAGAGCUGUGGUUAGCAUUCAGGGCUGGCUUUGACAGAAGACGAUGGAAAACUUGAAACACCUUAAUUAGUUCUGAUGCUUGUUAGAAUACGUGUUCGCUAGUUUCCCUUUGCUUGUCUUUGACUUCAGGAAGAUUUAAAACAAUCAGAUGCCAAUAAUGGACUGUAGCACCAAGAUGCAUUCCAACUCAAUUACUUAGUAUUUACUUCUUGUAUAAUCCUUUCUGGGUGUUUGUAUACUUGAAUGGGAAGAUAACAGGACACUCUUAACAAUGCUGCCUGGAUUGACUGUUUAAAUUUUACAUAGAAUAUAAAUAUAAGGGAAGAAAACAUUUACUUUAUUACGGAUAUUUUUAAAUGGCCUCGUUUUGUUUUUAAAAUGUCCAAACUACUAUCAAGAGAAAUCUGACUGCAGUGUAAUGAAACAUUAAAAGACUCUGCUUUGAUAGAGUGGCUGGCUCACGGUAGCUAAUGUGGUUUAAGAAAAGACUUCAAUGUGUCUUUGAGGCUGGCCCCUCAAAACAGGAGCUUAUCAGAAGACUAUUCCAUGACUCUGUCGACUCAGGCUGUGUAGCAAUGUAAGCUAUGUUUGAUGUUGCCUUUACUGCAACAAGACUGUACUUGACAAUUGUCUGAUAAAUAUAACGUGAUGUUACCGAGGUAUUAUGAUAUCCAGCUGUAGUGAUGGGUAACCUGGGAUUCUUUCAGUAACUGAUCGUGUUUGGUUUUUGUCACAACAAAUAAGCUGAAAUAUCAGUAAAGGAGCUCAUCACCAUAUCAGAGUAAGAUGUUCAAUAAUAAUUACAAGGAACAAUCAAUACCUUUAUGUUCUUGUAUGCUCAUACAGUAUGUAUUAAACUGCAGAAAAUCA